CGUCGUGAUUGUGAUGAGCGACAUGACCAACGGCGGCGUGCAGGGACCCAUCGAGGGCUACAAUUCGCUGGACGACCUGCUGACCACCACUCCGACAGCUGGACAGGCGGCCAUGCUCCUGCCCACCGCUCCCACCGCCGCCUAUACGCAUCCCAAAUGGAUGGAGCCCUACUUUGAUCCCUCGACGCCGCGCAAUGUCACCGCUCUCAUGGGCAAGUCCGCCUAUCUUAGCUGCCGUGUGCGCAAUUUGGCCAACAAAACGGUAUCCUGGAUCCGUCACCGUGACAUCCACAUACUGACCGUGGGCUCGUACACAUACACCUCCGACCAGCGGUUCCAGGCCACUCACCACCAGGACACCGAGGACUGGACGCUCCAGAUAAAGUGGGCCCAGAAACGGGACGCGGGCAUGUACGAGUGCCAGAUAUCGACGCAGCCGGUUCGCAGCUAUUUCGUUCGCCUGAAUGUCGUCGUGCCAACGGCCACCAUCCUGGGAGGUCCUGACCUUCACGUUGAUAAAGGCAGCACCAUAAAUCUCACUUGCACUGUAAAAUUCAGCCCCGAACCGCCGGCCUACAUCUUCUGGUAUCAUCACGAGGAGGUCAUUAAUUAUGAUUCAUCAAGAGGCGGCGUGUCGGUAAUUACCGAAAAGGGCGAUGUGACAACCUCAUUUCUGCUCAUCCAGAAUGCAGAUCUGGCAGAUUCGGGCAAAUAUUCCUGUGCGCCCUCCAAUGCAGAUGUUGCCAGUGUGCGUGUGCAUGUCCUAAAUGGUGAACAUCCGGAGGCAAUGCAAACUGGCUCAUCCGGUUGUCAGUACAAUUGGCUGACAAUUGUCCUGCUGCUGGGCCUCGUCCUUUGCUACAGUCGCCAGUGCAGUGCCAUCCUGCCAGCGUCCUUGCCGUCAUCCUCGACAACAGGCACACAGAUGGCAGCCAGCGAAAGUGAUACAGCAUCAGCAGCAACCACAGAAACAGCGACGACGAGGAAGCGGUGUCCAGCGGUCAAGAGCUGUCGCCAGGCCUGCUCCGGUCAGGUCCUGGCCAAGAGGUCCUGUCACAGAUGAUCGAACGGUGACAGCGAAAACAUCAACUAAGUAGAAGUAAUUUAAAGCCACACAUGAAAUGUGAGUGCGAGCGCGAGUGAGUAAAAAUGGUUGAAUGAGUGAAUGGUCCUUUGUGUGUGUCUGGCUAAUCAGCCAUUUAGAAUGUCAGUUUUAAACUCGUAAUCGGAAAGAAUAAAUAAAUAUACAUAAGUAUAUAAAUAUAAAUAAGUCAGUAAACAAUGCAGCACAAUGGCUAAGUGAGAGGCUACAAUUAAUACAAUCAAUCGAUUUAAAACCCAAAGUUCUUUGAUUGAAUAUUUGUUAAAAUGUUUUUUGUUUACUUGUUUACAUAAU